AUGUUCGAGGACGAGCUGCCAAAGAUGUCUCGCGAAAGGCGCGCCGAAUUAGAUAGGCAACGUCGUAGGUCCGACAAAGUAUCCAGCCUGAUGGGAGAGUAUCUUUUGAAAGGAUGGCGUAUGCUGGGGGAAUCUUGCACAGUUUGCGACGUGCGUUUGUCUUGCAAAUUGUCCACGACAGCCUCGUCUCAAUCCUGCACCGAUCUGCAAGCGGUAGUUGCUGUUCUAGAGGCCAAAAUCCUUUUUUGCUCUCAGCAACUGAACAACUGUGUCUGCCCUGAAGACAUCCAGCAGUUGGCGCUUUCCAUCAAGCAUCUUACCGACGCCCUUGUGGCAAUUAAAGCAUACAUUCGCAGAUAA